AUGUUUGAUAGGAUGUUAAGAGGAGUUACAAGUGCGAUUUUGGAUAAGCCUGAUCCCCGGGACCAUCCAGCAAUCAAACAGGCGUUCUACAAAGCAGUUUCCGAAAUAAAUGAAGAAGAUCCGGAUUAUAUAUUUGAGGCCCUCACAAGAGAAAUAACAGUGAACAAUCCUUUCGAAUCGGUAUCUGCCACCUGUCAGCUCUUACAGGAAGAGGUUGUUGGAAUAUUGGGGCCAUUUUCGGAGGAUAAUUCAAAUGUGGUUCAGUCCAUUUGUGACUUGAAGGAGAUACCUCAUAUUGAGGUGCGAUGGGACGAUUAUCCAUUGAACGGAACUGUGGUCAAUGUACAUCCAUAUCCAGAUACCCUAACUAGAACAUAUUAUGACCUCAUAGUUGCCUGGGGAUGGGAAGACUUUGUUAUCCUGUAUGAAAAUAAUGAAAGCUUGCAGAGAGUGGGAGAACUCAUAAAGCUGUUUGAACCUUCCAAGCAAAGGAUUGUGGUUAGACAGCUCAACAGUCAAGAAGAGUCUGAGGAAGGUUUCAG